AUGGGCAAUCAGCUAUGCGGAUGCUGUCGUCCAGGCCCCGCGCUGGACGAAGACUUGAAUGGACUCUUGUCUCCGCGGAACGAAUAUGUUCCUCCGACGACCUGCACGGUUCAGCGCACGGUGCUUAGAGUGUCGCAUCCCGCGUCGCCACGGCAACCGGACGGAAAUGUCAAGCAUCACCGUGAAGGAACCAACAGCACUCCCCGCAACAAGAUCGAGGAACCUCGUGAUGAAGAAGUUACAUCCAGCUCGUCGACUGAGGUCGUGCCGUCAGCGGGGGAGGAUCGCGUGCAUAGCCCGAAACAGCAGCACAAACAAAUCCACAACCGACAUCAUCAUGCUGCCGACAAAGAGGAAAAAGUCGGAGAAGGCCACGAGCACGUUCAUCACGAGCGACACCAUCGCAUACGAUCGCAUCACGACUCGGAAGGCGGCGGUGGGUCGGGGCGUUCCUUGGACUCUAGCAACAGCUCGUUGUUGGACUCACCUACACCGUCCACCGACGGCGACGGCUGGACGACCGCCAUGUCCCCCAGCUCCAAGAAGAAGUCCAAGCGCAAAGCCAAGUACGGCCGCGCCAACUACCGCGCCGACUCGACCAAGCGCAACGUCGAUUAA